UUGGAACUGCACCUUUCUACUUCUCUCCCCUUGCUUCUGGUUUGGUCUUCGAUCCGCUUCCACUACAGAGAAGCAGAGAUUGCAAUGGCUCUCCUCCACACUUGCUCUUCUUCCACUCCCCCUUCGCUUUCCCAUCCUCUUCCCUUCACAAUUUCCGCGCCCAAGCCUCUACAAUUCGUGUUUCCUCCCUGCCGCCCUCUCCGUCGCCGUUUGGUGGUGGGCCGGCAGCAUCCGAGGCGCCUGACCGCUAGUCUCGCCGUCGAGUCUCCCACCGCGUCAGGCAAGGACCGCGGCGGCGACUCCCCCAAGCUCCUCCUCGAGGUUAAAGACCUUAACGCCGUGAUUGCGGAGUCCAAGCAGCCGAUACUCAAGGGCGUGAACCUCGUCAUCUAUGAAGGAGAGGCACAUGCUGUUAUGGGGAAGAAUGGUUCUGGCAAAAGUACUUUUGCUAAGGUCCUUGCUGGCCAUCCAGAUUAUGAAGUCACAGGAGGCAGUGUUGUUUUCAAAGGACAAAACAUGCUUGACAUGGAUCCAGAGGAAAGGUCUCUUGCUGGGCUUUUCAUGAGCUUCCAAGCUCCUGUUGAGAUCCCUGGUGUUAGUAAUAUUAACUUCCUAAAUAUGGCAUAUAAUGCUCGUAGAAGAAAACUUGGUUUGCCUGAGCUUGGACCUAUUGAGUUUUAUAGCUAUAUCUCUCCCAAGCUUGAUCUUGUAAACAUGAAAAUUGACUUCUUGAAUCGGAAUGUUAACGAAGGAUUUAGUGGGGGUGAAAGGAAGCGGAAUGAAAUUUUCCAACUUGCGGUUCUUGGUGCAGACUUGGCUAUAUUAGAUGAGAUUGAUUCUGGAUUAGAUGUUGAUGCUCUUCAAGAUGUAGCCAAAGCAGUGAAUGGGCUUUUGACUCCUAAGAAUUCUAUUUUGAUGAUCACUCAUUAUCUUCGACUUCUGGAAGUCAUUAAACCCACUUAUGUUCAUAUUAUGGAGGAUGGAAGAAUCGUGGAAACAGGAGACCAGUCAGUAGCAAAACGUAUAGAGAAAGGAGGCUAUAAAACAACUUCAGCGUCAUGAAGCUGCAACAUUUGUGUUGAUGGUGUGAUAAGCCAGUGAUUGGAUUUGAUUCAAAAGGAACAAUGGGGGCAAGAUACUUGAGUCCCGGCUGCAAAGUUGCUUGCUCUUUUCCAGAAUUUGGGUAUCAGCAGGCAAAAGCUCAUGCGAUAACAUGUUUCUUCGGCUUUCUGUGGAGACCUGGAAGUUGUUUGAGGCUUACUGUGCUCCAUUCAGUUUUGGUCAAAUAGAUGAGUUACUUCCAAUUAUGGUUGUAGACUUUUCUGCUAAAAUACUUGUCAGCAGCAGGAGCAGUAUUACGAUUGUUCAUUGAAUAAUUGGGAUAAGGCAUCUAGCAAAUAAUGAAGGGAUAAGGGUGCCCAUUGUUGAGCUGUGAGUUGGAGACAUGAAUUCUAGACUUCUAGUUGGUAAUGUGGUUUAUGCAGAUGCAAGCUUCUCA